AUGAGGCUCAGAUUAGUAAAGACCUACGAAGUACCAGAAAAAAGAGGAGGAAAUCUGAUGAGAAGUAAAGAGUGUCUGUUUCACGAUGAUAAGGGAACUUACAUCCAUGCCAACAUUUCAAAGGAAGAGGUUGAAAAAUAUUCCAAAGUAUUUGAAGAGGGGAAGGUCUACUCUAUAAAGAACUUUCUGGUGGUGACUAACUACUACAAAUAUAAAACAACUACACACAAGUAUCUUAUCAAGUUCAACUACAAAACAGUAGUAAAAGAGAGUAAAAGCAGACAAUUUCCUACCCAUAUGCUUCGCAUUAAGUCGUUUGAAUCAUUGAGGAAUCCUGUUGAAGUCAAUGAAACUGAGCUAUUUGAUGUCAUAGGUCGAGUGGUAGAAAUUUAUUCUCCAGUGCAGAAGCUAAUUGAUGGAAAAGCAGUCACUCUAAUCGACUUCGUGAUUGCUGAUACACAGGACAUGCAUUUGAAAUGCACGGUAUGGGACGAGCAUGUUGCUCCUAUUCAUCAAUUCUACAACAUAGAUGUGAAACAACCUAUCAUUGUUGCCAUUCAACUCUGUAGGGCUAAGAUUGUAAAUGGUGAAGUCAGGAUUACUAGCUCCUAUGAUGCCACAAAACUGUGGAUUAAUCACAGUUUUGCUGAGUUUGCUGAAUUUAGGUCCAAACUGGCUGCUGAGAAUAGUCCACAUCGUAGUAUUACUACUACAACUGUUCUAUCUGACUCAACUGGCUUAGGUGAUCUCCAAAGUGGUUCUAUAACUAUCACCACUUUGUCUGAUUUGCUGAUGAAAGAGGAGGAUGGUGAGUACUAUGUCCCUGCUCAGAUUGUUGGUAUUCAGGGUUCCCGUAAAGGUGAUUGGUAUUACACAUCAUGCAUGUCACAAGGUUACAAUAAGAAGUUAAGCGUGAGAGAUAAAGGUCUCCUAAUUUGUGGCAAGUGCAACAAGAAGUGGGAAGAAGGAUGUGUUCGAUAUAAAGUGGUUGUGAGAGUGGUGGAUAAAAGAGAUGAUGCUCCCUUUUUACUUUGGGAUAGAGAGUGUGUAGAUUUGGUUGGGGUCCCAGCAAGCUUAUUGUUUGAAAAGUAUCUAAAGGUGGACAUUGACAUUCCACCAGAAUUGGAAUCACUAAUAGGAAUGUCAAUGAUCUUCAAGGUGUCACUAAAAAGAGACCAAAUGCAUGGACCUACUUCAGCAUAUAAUGUGAUGAGAGUUAUAAGGGAUCAGGCUUUAGUUGAUGAAUAUUGUUCUAGGCUCAAUGAUACCCAAGAGAAGGAUCUCAUUUCAAGAAUGAUUGAAGAAGAUGAUGAUGAUAGUUUUGACUCUGAUGAGUCUCAGGAAGGAUCGAAAGGUGAUGAAGUAAACAGCCCGGUGAAUGCCACUCAAGAGAAGGGAAAGGAGACAGACUCUGACAAUUCAGACACUAUCAAGAGGUGUCUAAUGGACCAAUUUUCUACAUCAACCAAACUGAAGAAGUCGAGGAUGGUGACUGUGAAGACUGAAAAGAUUUAA